ACAUCACUUAAAUUGUUGGUGGUCAAAUUUGUUUACCUUCCUGGCAGAUUCAUCGUUCUUAACAAUAAAUAUAAUAUUCCUGAAUAGUAGUAAAGUAUUAAAAACCACUAAACAUGGAAAUUCAAAUGGAAAAACAUAAAAUUGAAAGUGCUGAUUUAAAGAAAUGUGGGGAAAUUACUACUCAUUUGUCAAUUGGUCAAAAAGAAUUUUUCUUAAAUUGUAGCUUUUGCGACUACAUUUUUCUUCAGUUAGGAGAUUUCAUUCAACACAUUUGUGAGGAUCAUCUGUGUCAUUUUAUGAACCCUAAAGUUCAGGAUGAAGAUGAUAAUUCCUUGCAAGAAGAUAUUGAACAAGAUAACAACUUUUCGACGACAGUUUCAAAUGAGGAAGGCAUGGACGAUGGUGUUGCACAAUUCUCGGCGGCAGAUUCGAAUGAGGUGAUGUUCGGAAACUUAAUUAAUCAAAACGACAGCGAUGACAGUAAAACGAAUUUACAAGAUUUUGAAAAAGUUGAAAUACAGUUGGACGAUAACCAGGUGAAAAAAUCUAUGGGUUUUAAAGAUUUGAACGAAAGUGAAACAGAAAAAAAUUAUAUUGAUAAUGAAGAUGAUGUAGAGAACUCUGAAAUUGCGGUUCAUUUAAAGGAAAACUAUACAUGUGAAAAAAAUACUUAUAAAGGAUGUAAUACAGAAAAUUCUGAGAUUGCUUCUUUUAUAGAGGAACUUGGUUUAAAUGGAUCGUUUAAUAAAAAUAAGAUGCUCGCAAUAUUUGAAGGGUAUGAAAAGCGGCCUUUUCUGUGGGAUAACGAUUUGCAAUUACCCAGAGAUAAUAAGAAAAGAGAAAAGGAAAUUAAAAAUAUUGCUGAAGAAGUGGGUAUUCCAAGCGAAUGGGAGUCAAUUCGUAAAAUGAUUGCAAAAUUAAGCAGUAAGCUUCGGACUGAAUUGGUACGAAAAAAAGUUUACCUUUCUAAAGGCAAAAUAUAUACACCUCUUUGGAUUAACGAUUUUGCUAUGUUUUUAAAGCCAAAACGAAAAAAAGCUAAGGUAAAACCAAAACCGUUACUGAGGAAAUUCACAACUCCAGAAACCAUUUUAAAUGAUGAACAAGCUAUUGUUUUAGCUAAAAUUUAUAACAGUCUGUCCACUCUUUGGGAUGAAACAGAAAUUACAUACAGAUUUAGUAAUAGAAGGCGAGAAGCUUUACAAAUGCUACUUAAAGAUUUUAAUAAGCAAACUGGAUUAAACCUCACAAAAUAUGAUAUGGAAUGCGAAAUUUCAAGACUUCGAAAGCUUGUUUCUAAUGAGAAAAGAAAAAAAUUUGUGUGUAAACGACAAAAUAAGAUUUUUAAGCCCUCGUGCACAUUUUACAGUCACAUCGCAUUUCUUGAGACUGACGUUUCGCCUUACGAAUGUCCAAUAUGUGAAAAGUUAUUUAGUGGCACACAACAAUGCAAGGUGCAUUUGGCAUCACAUGAUGGUUCGUUGCCAUUUAAGUGUCACAUUUGUGGGCAUGGUUUUAAGUUGAUGACCAAUUUAACGGUACAUUUACGUAGGCAUGCUCAUGACUACUUGUAUAAGUGUGAAAUGUGCGACAAACCCUGUGCAACAACAACCGAAUUGAGGACUCACAUGCGAUGUCAUACUGGGGAAAAACCAUAUGUUUGUGAAAUUUGUGGCAAAAAAUAUCGAUCAUUAGCAGAAUUGAGGCCGCAUAAAUUACGCCACGAUAAAAAACCCCGCUGUCAAUGUGAAAUUUGUAAUAAAACAUUCUAUAUGAGAUCUUUGUUGACAAAACACAUGCGUGUGCAUACCGCAGUGCGAGACAAAUUAUGCAGUAUAUGUAAAAAAGGAUUUACCAGUAAUCAAACUCUACAACAACACAUGCUAAUCCAUUCAUCCGAAAAGAAAUAUACAUGUAAUAUAUGUGGUAAACGUUUUGCACAGUAUGCUGGACUUAGCGGCCAUGUGAAGUCACAUGGUACGACAUUAAUUGAGAUUAGUUCUAAAAGUGUUGAUUUAGUACAAGAAGAUCAGGAGUAAAUACUUAUUAAUAAAUAAAUUUAUCAUAGAGUACAGUAUUUAUGUAUAUUUUUUUGCCUCUAUGUUUAUCGAAGAAUUCGAUUUUACUUGUACUUGUUUUCUCGUGAUAAUAAGCAAUAAAAAUUUUGUAUGAAUAAAUUUAGUAAAUAAUAUACAUAUGUAUGUAUGUAUUUUUUCGAACACCCUAUAGGGUGUUUCGUAUCCGUGCAAUAGCAAAUAAAACACACGCAAAAAAUAUGCAAUCGCUGCAAAAUAUGCUACACAAAAAUACAAGUUAAUUUUCGUGCAGUGAGGCGUAUCAAAUUAUUUGCUAUUUGCGGUGGCAGCUGUUUUAUUAAUAUACUAGAGAACC